GAGGGAGUACCAUAAUCUUUUUGAAACACAACACAACUCCUGUUCCAUUCAAACAUGAAAUCAGCAACACAACUUCUCCUGAGAAGAUUCCUUAAAAAACCCCACCAAUGUCACUUACUCCACUCUCUCCCCUCCAACAAUCUCCCCUCUCCUGAGCUCAUUAACAAUCUCUCUCGCAUCCUCAGCGAUUUUCGAGACCCGAAACACGAUAUCGAAACAGCCCUCAUCCCAUUCUCCACCAACAUUUCCACCAAUGUGGUUGAACAAGUCCUAAAACGCUGCAAAAAUCUCGGGUUCUCAGCUCACCGGUUCUUCAUCUGGGCUGAUCAAUUGCCCGGUUUUCGACACAGUAGAGAUAGCUAUCAUAUACUAAUUGAGAUUUUGGGUUGUUCUAAGCAAUUUCCUUUGAUUUGGGACUUUUUGAUACAAAUUCAAGAAUGUAAGGCCUGUGAAAUUACCCCCGAGAUUUUUUGGGUGAUUUUCAGGGCUUAUUGUAGGGCUAAUUUGCCUGAUGAUGCGAUUUCGGCUUUUAAUAAGAUGGUUGAUUUUGGAAUUCAGCCGGGGUUGGAUGAUCUUGAUAAGGUGUUGUUUUCGCUGUGUAAGCGGAAACAUGUGAGGCAUGCGCAGCAGUUGUUUGAUAGAGUGAAGGAUCAGUUUGAGGCUAGUGUGAAGAGUUACAGCAUUUUGAUGAGAGGGUGGGCGAAAAUCGGGGAGGGGAAGGAGUCGAGGAAGGUGUUUGAUGAAAUGACGGAGAGAGGGUGUGUGGCGGACGUGCUCGCGUUUAAUUGUGUGUUGGAGAGUUUGUGCAAGGGGGGGAAUGUGGAUGAGGCUUAUAAGUUGUUUGGGGAGAUUAAGAAGAAGGGGUUUAAGCCGGAUGCGUUUAGUUAUUCUAUUUUUAUCCAUGCUACGUGUGAGGCGGAUGAUGUGCAAUCGGCGUUUAGGGUUCUUGAUAGGAUGAGAAGGUAUGAUCUUGUGCCGAAUGUUUAUACUUAUAAUUGUAUUAUUAAGAGGCUCUGUAAGAAUGGUAAGGUAGAUGAGGCUUAUCUGCUUUUGGAUGAGAUGAUUGAACGAGGAGCAAAACCAGACACUUGGAGUUACAAUUCGAUCCUAGCGUUUCACUGUGAUCAUCAGGAAGUUAACAGAGCACUUAAGUUAGUUUCGAGGAUGGAAACAGAUGGUUGUCAGGCGGACAGACAUACGUAUAAUAUGGUGCUUAAAAUGUUGAUUAAGAUUGGGAGAUUUGAUAGAGUUACGAGAGUCUGGGAAAGUAUGGAGAAAAAAGGCUUCUAUCCAUCAGCUUCAACGUAUGCUGUUAUGGUCCAUGGUCUUUGCAAGAAGAGAGGUAAACUAGAAGAGGCGUGUAAGUACUUUGAGAUGAUGAUUGAAGAUGGGAUACCACCAUACGGGAGUACCUGUGAAAUGUUAAGAAACAGAAUUAUCGGGUUAGGAUUUUCAGAGCAAGUAGACAUUCUUUCAGAUAAAAUGGAGAGGAGCACUUCUUGUUCUAUAAAAGAACUUUCCAGCUUAAUGAGAGGUAACAGGACCAAUGCUAGAGUUAAAAAUGAAGAACGAUACAGCUCUGAUGUCGAGAGUGAUGAGUAGCUUAGAUAAAACAACUUCUCCCAUUUGUCUGAAUGCAAUCUAAGCCUUAUAUGCAUUAUAUGCCAUUUGGUCAUGACGCAUCAGUGUUUGUUAUAAAGGUCUUUCAUACAGUUGCAGGAAAAAAACUCGAUCAUCACAUUUGUGUUUUAAAACAAUCUCAUGUGAUUAUGUGAACAUGUUGUUAUCUACUCAAUGCCAGGAUCUAUGGUGCAUCAAGAUUAUUGUUUACAAGCAAUCAGAGAAGACCUUGUUCAUAAGCUUAAAAAAUAAUAACGCAAAACUUUGCAAGAAUGUCAGGAUUACCAUCACAGUGAGUCAGCAAAUGAUAUAGGUACACGGAGGAAUCUGUUGGAUCUGAGUAGAGUUCUGGAUCCAUCACAGCAUCACUACCAGUCUUGAGAACCUUACCGAUAUUGCAGAGAGAUGGGAGAUUUCCUAAUAUGAUUCUCAUGUGGUCACUAAGAGUACACAGCGAGAAUGAUAACCUGUUUGCAGGUGAACAGAGAGCUUAUGAUUCUCAUGUGGUCGCCACAAGCUUUUCUCGCAUCAAUGGUUAUUUACAGUCUUGUAGCCCCAGGGAUAUCUCAUUCUUUUGUUAAUGACACGUAGAGGGUUCGACAGUUCGAGUUGUGGAAGCAUCAGAUUUCACAUAUGAGUCUGGUUUAAGUGCUCAGCGCACCUGUUGCUGAGCUCACCUGUAGGAUUUUAAGGAUCCUGCUUAUUUGUCCAGGCACUCGGCCUUGAUUUACCAACAACAAGCAGCAAUGCAUAUAAUGGUCAAUUUGAAUUUGGUACCGAGAAGUAAAUCCAGACAACUCUCAGAAGAUGAAUCCAGACACAUGAUUUCUGGAUAAGAUAAAUGCUAUAUCGAUCUUGAGUGAAAAUCUCUUUCAAAAAAGUUACCCAUUUUUUUAAGAUCAUCUUUUUUAAUUACUAAUCUUAACAUUUAUCCGGUGCUG